AUGAAAAAUAAUGGAUAUUCUAAUUUAAUACAUAGGAGAAAGUCCGUGGAGAAUCUAGUGAUAUCAUCACAAGAUGCCAUCGGACAGAGCAUCAGUCAGGCUCUCAGUUUUUCCGGAGUGGUCAACAACGCAACGGCCACACUACAGGAGAAUAAGAAUGUGUCCCGCUCACCGUCCCCGUCCCUGCGGCACGCGGAGAGCUCUCUGGACUUUGUGGACAAUGACAGAAAGAGUGACGUGAGCGACACGUCCCAGGUGCCGUCCGUGGCUGGUGACGUACCGCUCGGUCUAGACGCAGCCAGUCUACUCAUUAAAGAUGUUAAGGCGGCCUCUCCGAGCUCCAGGGGUGACCAAGUGAGGUCUAAAAAGAAGAGCUGGUACAACUCGCUGUACCCCACGUACAAGAGCAAGUGUGACGACUUCAAGAGACUGUUUAAGGAUCUGCCCGAUGAUGAGAGACUUAUAGUGGAUUACUCGUGCGCGCUCCAGUGCGACAUCCUAGUUCACGGUCGUCUAUACGCCUCUCAGCGUCACCUGUGUUUCCACGCGAACAUCUUCGGUUGGGAGAAAGUGCUCAUGCUACGAUGGACUGAUGUCACCGCUAUCACUAAGGAGAAAACAGCCAGGGUGAUACCCAACGCGAUCCUGAUCUGCACGGAGACGGAGAAGAAUUUCCUGGCGUCGUUCACUGGCAGGGACAAGGCGUACCUCAUGCUGUUCAGGAUCUGGCAGAACGCGCUCAUGGACCAGCCCAUGUCCAGCCACGAGAUACUGCAGCUGGUGCACGCGUGCUACGGAGCUGAGCUGGGGUUCGACUCGGACGACGACGCUCACGACGCUCACGACGCCCACGACCCGCACGAACAGAACGUGGACGUAUCAGAGGAGGCCGUGGACUCGUCCUCCAUGGAAGCGGCGGAGACGAGAGCCGCGCCCUACCAGACUGUGUUCCGACUGAUCAUGGCCUUGUACAACCGUGGAGAGGACUUGGUGGAGAGGAUCGAGGGUGACUUUGUGGUGGUUCACAGUCAGGUCGCUCCGUUGUACCCUGGAGAAUUUGUGGACGGAGAAGUGGAGGCCGCUGAAGAAUUGACCAAUGGUACGGCGGAGUUCCGCGAGGAGGCGGGGGACGCGCUGCCCACAGACAUGUCUGACACCAGCGACAGCGAGCCCGACAAACACAACAGUAACGGUGAGGAUGAGAAGUGCACGUCCCCUCACGAGGGCAAGCUGCUGCUGCAGCAGGAGUUCCCCAUCAACAUCGACCAGCUGUUCACGAUGAUCUUCACGAACUCCAAGUUCAACCUGGAACUGCUGGCGGCCAGGGACACCUCCGACUAUGUACAGAACCCGUGGCAGCCUCAGAACGGCCUGAAGUGUCGUCAAGUUAGCUACACGCUGGGCCUGACCUCCGGACCCAUGGGACCCAAGGAGGUGCAGGUCACCGAGACACAGGUAAUGAACCGCUGCAGCAAGCCGGGCGUGUUGUACUCCAUCGACUGCAGCAACGAGAACGCGGGCAUCCCUUACGCGGACUACUUCAGCGUGGAGGCGCACUACUGUAUGAGGAGGAGGGGCGAGCGGACCGCGCUCGAGCUGUACGGAUACGUGAACUACAAGAAGAACAUGUGGCCGCUCAUCAAGGCGUUCCUGGAGAAAAACGCCAUGUCCGGCAUAGAGGAGUUCGCGCGCUUGUUGGAGAGCCGCCUUAUGGCAGCCGCCCGUCCCGCGCGACCCGUCCGCCCACCGCCCGCCCUACAGGCGCGGUCACGACGACGCAGGAGAGGAGACGUGACUCCUCUGGGAACGUUAUCUACGGCGGCGACUCUACCAGCUGGGAGCCCUACGGCCGCCAGCGGAGCCCCCGCGAGCCGCGCGGGGACCUGGCUCACGGCCGCAUUGCUGGUGCUGCUCGCCCUCAAUGCUUUGCUGUACUGGAGGCUGUAUCACGCGGAGAGGAGGAUGGACCUCGAACACUUACACAGCAGGAUGAACACUCUGAGUGAGUCGCAGGCGGCGUCGUGGGCGCGCGCCCUGGAGUCCCACUCGGCGCGCCAGAGAGGACAGCUCAUGGCGUGGCGCUCCGCCCUCGACCGGACCGUCACGCAUCUCUUACAGACGGAGCAGGCUCUCAAAUCAUUGUUGGAGACGAUCAAGCCCGCGCUCGAGAAGACAGACGGAGAUACGGACAACCGGGACGAGCUGUGA